AUGAAACUAAAAAGAGAUUACGAUGAGGUGACAAAAGUAGAAGGCGUCAAGGAGAUAAUGAAGGAUCUAGGAUCUCGGUUCGAAAAGGUUGCACUCCCUGAGGAAUAUAGCUUCAAACAUGAAGAAAAGUUUAAUGUGGCUUGCCAACAUAUUUUGGAGAAAGAUCCAUCCCUUUUACCUCUGCUGAAAAAUUACGAAUUUUCGUUAUAUCUAAAGGGGACCCAAGUCCCUGAUACACUUGAUGGUUAUUUUGUCAGACUUGCAAGUACUAUUUUGUCUCAGCAGAUCAGUGGUAUAGCAGCAAAAAGUAUCAAGGCAAGAGUUGAGAGUCUCUAUGGAGGUACAUUUCCUGAGUACAAAGUGCUUUUUGAAGACUUCAAAGACCCAGUAAAAAGUGCAAAGAUCGCAAAAUGUGGGUUGAGUAAAAGAAAAAUGGUAUAUCUGGAAUCUCUUGCUACCUAUUUUACUGAAAGAAAUGAGGAUGUCAAGAGACUUUUCAGUCAAGAAGAUAAUGACGAUGAAAUAAUCAACAGCUUGGUUACCAAUGUGAAGGGAAUAGGACCAUGGAGUGCGAAAAUGUUCUUGAUUUCUGGACUAAAACGAAUGGAUGUAUUUGCACCUGAAGAUUUGGGUAUUGCUAGGGGUUUUUCAAAGUAUCUUUCAGAUAAACCAGAACUGGAAAAAGAAUUAAUGCGGGAAAGGGGAGUAAUAAAAAAGAGCAAGAUAAAACAUAAGAAAUACAACUGGAAGAUAUAUGAUGAUGAUGUGAUGGAGAAAUGCUCUCAAUUAUUUGCUCCUUAUAGGUCUGUGUUUAUGUUCAUACUUUGGAGACUUUCAAGCACGGAUACGGAAGCCAUGAUUAAGGUGGAGAGGGAUUUUGUGAAGUCUUGA